AAAUAGCUGACAAGACAUCGUGUUCCUCCUAUUGUUACCGUUGCCCCCAAUAAGCUUCCAUGGGAUCUCCAAGGACGAGCAUCGAUGGAAAUUAGGUUGAAACGAUGUGUUGUGGCCGAAAGAGCUUGCGGAGAGCGCCAGUAUAUUACGCCAUGUCUAUUGUUUUCAACUGGUCCGGAUUCAAGUGAGUGGGUUUCCGUCUUGGGUGUAUGUCGUCAAGCGUACUGGUUUUAAUUUAGAUGAUCUGGACUCAGUUACUGAUUUUAGGACUGCAAUGAUCUUUCAUGGGAAGGUAAAAGACCCUCAGGUCAGUUCAAGCAGGAAUUAUUUUCUUGCUGCUUCUAGGUUGCUGAUUCUGCUUCCGUUCUUAGGUUGCCAGAUCCAUAAACUACUUGUAGUAAGCUCAAGCCCUACAUUCUGUGAGUCCUUGUAUUCGUGUGAGCUCAGUUUGGUUGCCUGCUUCCUUCUGAAGGAGCUAGGCCUGGUG